AUGUACUUUCCUGUCCUACUGAGCGCACAGACGCGGAUGAGAGGAGGUUCCUCUCUGACAAUAACACACUUGACAGCUCCCGCCUUUUACACUUAUUGUUCGUCACUUGUCUGUAUUUUGGGGUAAAUUCAAAGCUUUCUUCGCCGAUCGGGACCUGGUAAAAAGAACCUGCGAGGACGUAGCUACCUUCAGAAAAGGAACACAAGCCAAAUGAGUGGUGCAACAUUCCCCUCCCCCAUUGCCGAGAUGGCGGAGAUGAACCGUAUUCACUAUGACCUGGAGUACACAGAGGGGAUCAGCCAGAGGAUGCGGAUCCCUGAGAUGCUCAAAGUGGCUCCACAAGACCAGGAGGACGCCGGUAUUGGCCCACGGCAGUAUCCGCACAGUGUCAUAAUGCAGGUUCCAGAAAGAAUUGUUAUCUCAGGAGACAAUGAAGACACCCAGUAUGCAAGGCCGAGAGACCUCGAUUUAAUCCAGUCGACGCCAUUAGAAGCCUUGUCCCUGAAGACCCCGCCCAGAGUACUCACACUCACUGAGCGGCCUCUCGACUUCCUGGAGGAGGAGCAAAGAGCGACUCCGGAAAGCGAAGCCGUGCUGCGGCCCCAAGGGCGAUUAAGGCGAGAACGCUCAGCUAGCGAGAAUGCCGCCGUCCGUCAUAGCAGUCAACUGAUGCACGAUGCUUCUGGGGCACCGCCCCCACAAGCCACCCUUCACCCCCGCUCCCCUCCCACUGCGGCCGAAGAAGAACACAAGCUGUACAGCGCUAGUGGUGUUUUAUCUUUCCUCCAGUCCACUACACGCCGGGCCUACCAGCAGGUCCUUGAGGUCUUGGAUGAAAACCCUCGCAGAAAACCAACACUGCGAGGGGGGUCGGCUUCAAGCUCCAACCCCCUGAAUGAAUCCAGGAUGGCGUUAUCAACCUACGAAGCCUCUCUGGAUGGGGGAUCCGAUGACAUGACCGUUGUAGAUGCAGCAACACUUCGACGACAGCUUAUCAAGUUGAAUCGAAGACUCCAGCUCCUAGAAGAGGAGAACAAAGAGCGAGCAAAACGAGAGAUGAUCCUGUACUCUGUCACCGUAGCUUUCUGGCUGGUCAACACCUGGGUGUGGUUGAGACGUUAAAAUGCAUCUGUAUUUAUGGUAUAACACCGUCAAAACAUAAUAUCCCUACACUGUGUAUGAUAAGUUGUAGACGCUGCACUCAGGCCAUCUAAGGAACAAUCAUAAACUAUUUUCUUCUUUGGCUUAUUUAAUACAUGUACAGUUCUUUUUUUUUUUUUUUUUUACUUUUGUGUUCUUGCUAGUUUUCUGCUGUCAUAUUUUGUUUUUCAACCUAAACCUCAAGCAAUGCUAAUAAGCAUUAAUUGUAAAUAUGUGUCACUUUGGAAAUGAUUCAUGAAUAAAGUACAGCUUGGUUUACCAAAGUAGGAA